ACUACGCUUAUGACCAAAACGUUUUUGAACUAGACGUUUCUUAAUAUCAGCUUCUUCUUCUUGAUUUCCGAUGGAAGCUCCACGGCGUUCUUUGGCUGCGUCUCUCUCGCCUCUGCGCCUGAUCGAUCGUACGAGAAGUUUUAAUUAUAGUCAGAUGCCUGAAGAGCCGAUCAAACUCACUAUUCUCAAGCUUGAUGGAUCUUCCUUUGAUGUUGAAGUGUCGAAGACGGCAACAGUAAGGGAGCUCAAGAUGGAUGUAGAAGCUUCGUUUUCUCACUUGCCCAUCACAGUUCUUGGCAACGUCUCAUGGCCACAUGUCUGGGGACAGUUCUGCUUAUCCUAUGACGAUCAAAGAUUGAUCAACGAGGCUGACUACCUCGUUGAACUCGGCAUUAGAGACGGAGAUCAGCUUCGAUUCAUCCGCCGUAUAUCAAGCUACUCCAUCUUGAUGAUGAAGCACAAGAGCAAGACAUCACCAGGUGUUUCUUCUUUCAAACAACUCAAACUACCAUACAGAUUCUCAGCCCAAACCGAAACCUGGAAAAAGAAGAGAACACAAGGCCAAGAAGACGGAGUUGACUCCAUAACUCAGACACAGGCACAGCCAAGCUUUCUCUCUACUGUAUCAGGAGGUUGGCUCUCUUACAAGUCAUCACCAAGUCAGCGAGGGACUAAACACAGAAACGCCACUGCUUCUACUUCUGGUCACCACCGCAGGGUUCUUAACAAACUCAUCACAAGAUUUCGUUUCAAGUGUUAUUCGGAGAAAGAUGUCUGGAACAUGACCAAACUCAUCUCUGAAACAUGAACAUUAUCAUUUGGUUCUUGUAGAGCUUUUGAUUUCACAGUCUUCAUGGUUUAUAUGUAAACACUUGGAGGCCUGGCCAAUAAUUUGCAAGGAACACUUUGAUAAGAGUCUUUGGUUAAAAGCUGAUGAUAGUAAUAAUAUAUAUAAUUAAUAGCCAA